AUGAAGUGCCUGCUAUUGAUACUGGUCUUGCAGGUCUCUGCUUCUGGAGCUCUUCCCCUGAAUAACAGCACAGGCCCAGCAGAAACCGAUGUGCUAUUUUCCCAAAGGUACUUAGAAAACUUUUAUGACCUUAAGACAGAGAAAAUGACAAAAAUGAAAGUGGAUACACACUUUAUGGAGGAAAAAAUCCGGGAAAUGCAGCAGUUCUUUGGGCUACAAGUGACAGGGCAACUGGACACAUCUACUCUGGAGACGAUGCACCUGCCUCGGUGUGGAGUGCCCGACGCUCAUCAUUUCAGCACGAUGCCGGGGAGGCGAGCGUGGAAUAAACGUUCCAUCACCUACAGAAUCAAUAAUUACACUCCUGACAUGAGGCAUGAGGAUGUUGACUAUGCCAUUGAGAAAGCUUUCCAAGCAUGGAGUAACGUGACUCCCCUGAAAUUCAGAAAGAUUAACAUGGGCGAGGCUGACAUCAUGAUACGUUUUGCACGCAGAGCUCAUGGAGACUACGAUGCUUUUGAUGGCAGUGGUGGAGUCAUAGCCCACGCUUUUGGACCUGCACCUGGUCUUGGAGGAGAUGCACAUUUUGAUGAAGAUGAAUUUUGGACUAAAAAUUACAGAGGCACAAACUUGUUCCUUGUUGCUGUUCACGAGUUUGGCCAUUCCUUGGGUCUCGGCCAUUCCAAUGACAAAAAUGCCAUAAUGUUCCCCACCUAUAGUUAUGUUGACCCUAACAGAUUUCGUCUCUCUGAUGAUGACAUACGGGGCAUUCAGUCCCUCUAUGGAGGCCCAGAACGCCAACCCAUGCCAAAUCCCGACCGUCCAAAAUCAGAUAUGUGUGAUCCCGAUUUGAGUUUUGAUGCUGUCACUACAGUGGGAGACAAAAUCUUUUUCUUUAAAGACAAGUUCUUCUGGUGGAAGGUUCCUGAGAGACCAGAGACAAGUACUAGUUUGCUUUCUUCCUUAUGGCCAACCUUGCCAUCUGGCAUUCAAGCUGCUUAUGAAAUUGCAGCCAGAAAUCAAGUUUUUCUUUUUAAAGAUGACAAGUACUGGCUAAUCAGCUAUUUAAGACCACAACCAAAUUAUCCCAAGAGCAUACAUUCUUUGGGUUUCCCUGACUCUGUGAAAAAAAUUGAUGCAGCUGUUUUUAACCCACUUCAUCAUAAGACCUACUUCUUUGUUGAUGACCAAUAUUGGAGGUAUGAUGAGAGGAGACAGUUCAUGGAUCCUGGUUAUCCCAGAUUAAUUACCAAGUACUUCCCAGGAAUUGGGCCUAAAGUUGAUGCAGUCUUCUAUUCUGAAAACAGAUACUACUAUUUCUUCCAAGGACCUACCCAGUUUGAAUAUGAUUCCCUAUACCAUCGUGUCACCAAGAUCAUGAAAAGCAAUAGUUGGUUUGGUUGUCAGGACCAGAAUCACUGA